AGGCUUGCGCAGGCGAACACACACACACACACACACUCACAUUAACCACAAUGGACAGUCUGUGCCAGUGGGUUGCUGCUUUGGAUAGGUAGAUGUCACCAGAUAAACUCAUUUAUCGUUUCCUUCUGUUAUGUCUCUAUGGUAACAACAGUAGACACACAAGCUCAUCAAGAGCAGUCCUGCCAGUGGUGACACAACUAUUGCAAGGACGCUAUCACAGGCUGCAGUGGCAAAGAACUUCUAUAGAACCUUCCGCUGUUGUAAUAAUAGAGGAGGACCUCAAGUGUAAUACAUUUUUUAACAGAAACACUUUUAUUUUGGCCCGAGAUGGUGGACCAACAGAAGGAGCCAGGAUUUCAAGAAAUUGCCUUCGGUAACGGCCACCUAUUGGCUGGACCCGGAGAUGUGGCGUGUGAUUUCUGCACUGAGGCAAAGUUCAAAGCGGUCAAAUCCUGUCUGGGGUGUCUGGCGUCUUACUGUGUGAGCCACGUCCGUUCCCAUUAUGAAUCACCUGCCCUGAGGAAACAUGCGUUGGUGGAAGCCACAGUGGACCUGAAGGAGAAGAUCUGCUCCCAUCAUGAUAAGCUGCUGGAGGUGUACUGUCGGACAGAUGGCAGAUGUGUGUGUCUGCUCUGUGUGAUGGAGGACCACAGGGGACAUGACACGGUGCCCGCUGGCGUCGAGAGGACGGACAGACAGAGACAGCUGGCAAGAACUAGAAGAAAAUUCAAACUGAAGAUCCAGGCCAAAGAGAAAGAGCUACUGGAGCUCAGACGGGUCCUGGAAUCUCUCAAGUUCUCUGCCCAGGCAGCAAUGGAGGAGAGUGAGAGGAUCUUCUCUGAGCUGCUGCAUUCCAUAGAGAGCAGACACCAUGAGGUGAGAGAGUUGAUCAGAGUCCAGGAGGAGACAGCAGCCAGACAAGCCAGUGACCUCCUGGGGAGACUGGAUCUGGAGGUAGCUGACCUGAGGAGGAGAGACGCUGAACUAGACAAGCUUGUGCACACGGGGGACCACAUCUACUUCCUUCAGAAUUAUCAAUCCAAUUUUACGGAAACUGAACUCACCAAGUCUCCCGGUGUCACAGUGGUUCCCCCAUUGGAUUUUGUGGAGUUGCGGUCCUCCAUGUCUGCCCUCAAGAGGAGACUGGAGGACCUUGUCAAAGGAGAGUGCUGCAAGAUAUCCAGGGCAGCGAGUGCAGUGAAGUUAUUGCAAUGUCCGGAACCAAAGACCAGAGAGGAGUUCUUGUACUAUUCUUGCAAGCUCCCACUGGACCCCAAAACAGCCCACAAAGACCUGAAAAUCUGUAAUGAGCGUAGGGCAGUGACUGUCAGGACCAGAGACCGUUUCUGUCCCGACCACCCAGAGCGCUUUGAAUACUGGUGCCAGGUGUUGAGCAGUGAAGCUUUAUCCGGACGCUGCUACUGGGAGGCAGAUUGGAGCGGCAGUGGAGCCAAAAUGGCUGUCGCAUAUCAGAGCAUAGCUAGGAAAGGCGAGAGAAACGACUCUCAUUUUGGGCACAACGACAAGUCCUGGAGUUUGUUCUGCUCGAGGAAGGGUUAUACGUUCUGGCAUGAUAAUGCGGCGAUUCGUAUAGUCGCACCACUGUCCUCGAGGAUUGGAGUGUACCUGGAUCACAGGGUAGGGACUCUGGCCUUCUACAGCAUAGCUGAUACAACAAUGACUUUGCUACAUAGAGUCCAGACUGUAUUUUCUCAGCCUCUCUUUCUUGGGUUUGAGUUUGUGUGCUUUGGGGUUACUCUUCGAGUGUGCCAGGUUGAAUGAUUAGAUCAUCACAAUCGCCACAGUGGAGGGCAAAAUCGUGUGUUCAUUGACAUCAUUCACUAAAACAUCCUUUCACCACACACAGUACCAUGACCUGACCAUAUCUGACCCUCCAGCCCCUAAGUGGGGGACUAAAACAAGGCCUCUUAAAUGCUAAAGUUAGAGCCCUCUAAGGAAUAUUGUUUUAAACCACCAGGCAGAGUUCGCCUUUCGUCAACUUAGACUUUAUGGUGAAUGGAAUGACAUGACAGCUGUCCCACUUAGUUUGGUGGGCUAGAGAACUGUUUACAUUCCUGUAACUGCUGGGUCACACAGGGCUUGUGGUCAAAGAGCAAGCCAGUGUCACUGGCUGGUUGGUUCAAGCUACGGCAUGUCUGAUGUGACAGUGACCCCUGGUGGACAAGUGGACAGAAAGAGGUUCAGCAGGCCAAUUACAUGUGGUUUCUUAUACGGUUUUGAAUAACCCUCUUGUAU